AUGGUGGGCCCAACAGCGGCGGGCACCCCCCGGGGGCCUGGAGCGUCGAGUGCCUCUUCUGGAGCAACAGGACCUGCACCAUGCGCGGUUGAUGCCGGUGUAACUAGCAGCAGCAACUCCCGGAACAGCAGCAACAGUUGCAACGGACUUGCUUCAUUUAAAUCUGUUCUUCCUCUAGAAGCUUCUAUUUCGGACAUAGUGCAUCGAAUCACGCAGGAAGUGCUCCAGCCUAUCCUUGUCCCUUCGCAGCAGCCCUCCCCCCCUUCUCCUUUCACGUUCACGCAUCUGGACCAGCUGCAGCAGAUGCUCCAGCAGCGGUGUUCGAGCAGCAGCAGCAGCAGCACGGGCACUCCGGGUCGUCGAGCGGCAGGCGGUGUUGCGGCAGCAACAGCUGCUUGCCGCGGCAGCGGCACUGCAGCAGCAGCAGGAGGGUCAACAGCAGGGGGCUCCGUACCAGGAGGAGGAACACCAUUGGGCUCUCGGUCGGAGUUAGGCGGAGCUGUUGAGAACUUAUCGUUCCCUUCUGCGCAGCCUCCAAGGUGUAUAGACAGCCGUUCUCUUCUGGCGCUUGUGCCGCAUGAUGGGCGGCUGCUGGGCCAGGAGGCCUUAGCAGGGUUGGCUAUGGCGGUUGCUGCUGCUCUCAACACGGUGCAGCUAAUGACGCCUGAAGAGCGGCUUAAGUGUCGUCUUCUGCCUCCAGACCGUUGUUACGAGACGAACUACAGGGAAUGGCGAGACUUUCUGCUGCGGAAACAGCCGACGGGGGCAUCUCUGAGUUGUGUGUUCGGCAGAGGGAUGCUGCGCUCCUUGCUACUGUGUUGCUGCUCUUCUCUGCUGCGGGAUAUCAUGGGGGGCCCUCUUGGUUUCUGCUGCGCUGCUGUAUUCCACCGCUUGUGCGACGAGGCCAGCCUCAGCCUGCCUGCGCGGCAGGCGGCACUGCAGUCUCUGACGACUCAAGACCCCAGGCUGGAGUCGCUUCUAGUGUCGGAGUCAGGAUUGGGUUUCUUGAGCCGGGACUUCGGCUCUGCGAGGGAGGAGCAAUCGGGGCUGAUUUCUUUUGCAUGCCUGACCAACGACCGGCAACCGCUGCACUCCAUGGCGUUAGUGGCAGCUAAGAACAUUUUCUCCCGCCAGCUCCCGAAGAUGCCUCGUGAAUACAUUGUCCGCCUCGUCUUUGACCGCAAUCACUACACCUUUUGCCUCAUCAAGCAGCAGCAAAUAAUCGGAGGCUGCUGCUUCCGACCCUACUUCAAACAGAAAUUCGCGGAAGUCGCAUUUUUAGCGGUGACCUCAGCCGAGCAAGUGAAGGGGUACGGCACGCGCCUCAUGAAUCACCUUAAAGAGCACGUAAAGAAGAGUGGGAUCGAGUACUUCCUGACCUAUGCCGACAACUUCGCUGUUGGUUAUUUCCGCAAGCAGGGGUUUACUCAGAAGAUAUCGAUGCCGAAGGAGCGGUGGUUCGGGUUUAUUAAGGACUACGAGGGGGGUACGCUUAUGGAAUGCCGGAUAUCCCCGAAGGUCGACUACUUGCGCUUAUUUGCAAUCCUUAAUGACCAACAGGAGGCGGUGCAGCGAGCAAUAUUGAGGCUGAAGCCCCCGCGGGUGUUCCCUGGUCUUACAUGCUGGCAGGAAGACCCAACGCGCGUGCUGCAUCCGUCCGAAGUACCUGGAGUGCUGGAGUACGGGUGGACUCCCCAGGCGACUGCAGAUGCGGCAGGAGAAGGUGCAGCAGCUACGCGACCGCUGCACGAGCAGAUCGUGCAGGUCCUCGAUGUCUUGGCCUGCCACCACAGCGCCUGGCCAUUCCAGAGACCAGUAUCAACAGAUGAGGCCCCUGACUACUACGAAAUCAUCGCCCAACCUACAGAUAUCUCUACCAUGAAGAAAAAGGCCAAAAAGAAGCAGUUCCCAAACAAGGCGGCGUUUCUGUCGGAGUUGAGUCGAAUGUUCGCCAACUGUCGGCGAUACAACGCGCCCUCAACGAUUUACUACAAAUAUGCAAAUGAACUUGAAAAAUUCAUCUGGCCUAAAGCCCUCCAAAUUCAAGACACCCAAGAACCCGCUUCAGCAACCGACGCCUCUCGGUGA